AUGGGCGGCCACGGCGGGUUAAACAUCUUACCGCACAAGAGCUGGAACGUGUACGGGGCGAAACAGCGCGCGCGCGUCGAAAGGGACGAGGCGUUGGCGCGAGAGAUCGCUGAAGAGGAACUUCGCGAGCGAGAAAACGACGCUCGCUCGGCGCGUUGGAAGGCGCUCGGCGUGCGCGAGGCGGAGGAACGCGCGAUAUCGGGACGCGCGUCGACGGUGGGCGGCGAACACGUGAAUCUGUUCGCUCGAGAAGAGAUGGCGGCGAAACAUGGGGGGGGGAGAGACGCGAAACGGGACGCGCGCGAGCGGGACGCCGAGCAGAGCGGGACGCGUUUCGGAGGACGUACGAACGCGAGUGCGCCGUGGUACGCGCGAACGAUCGGAGACGAAGAGGAAGUGAAUCCGCGAUCGACGUUGCCGUCGCGAGUGCGGGCGGAGCGGGAGGAUGACGAGGCGCUACGGCGACUCACGAGCGGGCGCGCGUCGAAGCGCGCGCGCGAGGCGGAUGCGAAAGAUGAGCGAGAGCGUCGGCGAGAGAAGAAACGACGGAGCGAAAAGGGAGUGAAGUCGUCCAAACGAGAGAGCUCGAAAAGUGAGAUGGAGCGCUUGCGACGCGAGCGUCUGGAGCGAGAAAAGAAAGAGACGGAGCGCGAGCGGGAGCUACUCAACGCACACGGCGCGGUGGACGCUGGACGUCGCCGUACGGCGCUGUAG